CUUUGGUGACGUGGUGAGCAUCAAUCGAGUAGGCUCUGGAAGGAGUGGGUGCCGUCUCCACCCAGGAGCGAAGCCUCCGAGCAAAUGCAUUGGGGAGGAGGGCGAGGAGGCACGCGCUGUUUCCAGGUAAAGUUUCGCCAUAAAGGUAGUGGCAUCAUGGAAGCCUCGUCGAAUGGUGAAGGAAUGAUGGCCAUGUCUUGUACAUGUUGACUUGCAAGCCCUCAAAUCCAGCUCUUUGUCACGGGCUGCUGGCGAUUCCAGUUGCUUACAUCGGCAGGGCCGUAUCAGAUGAGCUGAAGAUCUUGAGGAUACUCAACUGGUGGAACUGGGCGUCAAGAACUUUUACUGAGAAGUGGAAAUAAUACUCAAGGUUACUGAAUAUUCUGGAGGAAGAUUUUCAAAGGAUAUGAAUGGCUUAGUUUGGUAAAGGCAGUUUCUUAUUUGUCAUAUCUUUGUAUAAUCUGCUCACCACUAUGGAUUUGGAAAGUCCAUAUGCCUGAAAGAUGAACAUUUUUUGGCUUGGCAACUCAUCCUGGACAAAGCUCCCAACUGAUCAGAACCUGAACUGGAAUAGUUUUAAUAAUUGUCGUUUCCAUGACAAUAUUUGAACGAUGGAAACUGCUUAUCACUUGUUUCUUGGUUGCAUUGUUGCUGAGUAUUCGAACAGGAUGAAAUCAUGGUCCUACUUAUUCAAAUCAUCCCAGUAACACCAAAGGCCUUUGAUCGGACUGGAUGGAAAAAUAGAUCAAUGAGGGCUUCUUAAUGGGCUUGGGAUUAUCACAGAUUACCUACCUACUGGUGCAUUUGGUUGGAGCAUAACAAAAGAAACAAACUCUUUUGUGGAAACUACAAAGACUGGAGUAUUGUUCCUUAAGAAAGUAGCGCAGAGGGUUUUGCGGAUUCUAAGAGGAAUGGAUUGUUCUGUCAGGUCAGGAAUAAUCUUGUUUCAGCAACACCCCUUGAUUCUUUCAUUCUGCUGGUUGUACUCUCUUCAUUAAAAAAGUUAGAAUCAAGAACAUGCCCUUUUGCUUUCCAAGGGCUUAUUUCACUCUGUUUCCUUUGCUGGAUGACAAUACAACUCACAAGGCCUCAAAAUACAAUGGCAAUCAUUCCAUUGCAUUUGAAUCAGCUGAAACCGAAGCAUCCAUUAAGGUGGCUUUUUGCUUGCAAGAAACUCAGAAAUGGAUAUAUAUUACUCAGUCCAACUGUUAAGGCAACACAGCUACUUCUCAUGCUCAGGUCUCUGCAGCCAGCAGUGACUGAUUUAUUUGGUGGUAGUCACGCGGAAUCUCAAUCAAUCAUCACCUUCUUAUUGGCCAAGCUUUUCCCAGGUAUUCAGUACACAAGCUUUUCCCUUUCUUUCUUUCUUGAUGCACUACAUUUAAACAACGAGACAUAUAAACAACUCUCCGUAGGUCAGCAGACAUACCUCUCUUUCCACCUGCCAAUCCAAUCUUUUUCUUUUCCUGCAUGUACGAUUUUUUAGGAGCCUGUAAGAUUGCACCCACUACCACCACCAUUUCGUUCUUAGGCCCCUAAAAAAAGGGGAGGAUUGGUGCACUGCAUGUAGUACAAAGUAGGGCAAGGGUAAUGGCUGUUGGGAAUCUGUGACAGUCCUUGUUCUGCUUUUUUUUCUCAACUUUUCCAAACCUGUGAUUCCUUUCCCAAGUUGAAGUCAGUGCAAGUUCAUUCAUCUUUAAAUUUAUUGAUAUACAGAUCAUGAGACUAAGCUUACAUAGUUUAGGUGGUUGCUUGUUGUAGUUUUUUUGGCCAUAAAAUAGCUGAGCUGCGCAUGGUUGCAACUCUGUUGUUUAGGCUUUUCUCAAGCUAAAUCUCAGAACUAAAAGCUGAAAGAUUUUAAGCAGAGUCGUCUUGUAGCUAAUAGAAUUCUUUUCCAUUUGGUUGAUCCUAUGUCUACGAUCAUCCUUUCUGCCAAGGCCAUUUGACACCUACAGGAUUAGACUACAGGGGAUUGUGUUCCCUGUAGAGAGAUAAAAAUUUUGCUUUUCGUGCGAUCAUAUGGGUUUGGUUCAAAGAACAAGUUGCUAAGCCGCAAAUGUAGACGUAGUUUCAUCUCCUGCAUGUCACGAUCUCAUUAUGGGGGAUAUGGUCUCGAGAAUAUUAUCUACCACGAGAAUACUUGAGAUGUUGAAAGACCUCACACUGAGCCGAUCAUCAUUGGCUGAAGUGAGAAAAGACUGAGCACAAGAGACAAGAAAAAUAGGUCACAUAGCUCUAAUCAGUAACACUAUUUGAUGUCCGACUCUAUGCUCUCUCCAAAGAAAAAGUAUGAAACCUACAAAAGCUAGACAUGGCUGGUUCUGCCCUCUGAGCUGGUGGGAUUGGUUGUGGGUGACGUGAUGAUAUGAGUGGAUUGGAUGAACAAAAAUGAGCUCUUUUUAGUGUUGUAGGUUGUGUCAGGAGUCAUAUUCUCUUGGAGUUUUGGGUUUAGGUGGUGGUUGGGCUCUUGUGACGUGAAGAAGGUGGCUAGGUUGAUCAAACAUUGCUGUCAUCAUGUUUUCUUCGAGGAGGCCUUCAUACUUUCUUUGACAAUCUUUGUGAUGCAAAGCCUUAAUGGACGAUGAUCUUGUUGCAUUGGUGCUUAAACUAUCACCUCUGUGCUACACAUGCAAGCUAAUCUUAAUGUAGGAUGUCGACAUACACGAUCUUAUGAUAUUAUACUGUAAACAAACCCUCAUUCCACCUGGAAAAGAAAGAAGAGUAAAGAAGCUUGCCAUGUAUAUUUUACCUCCAUCAUUUAUCUUUAUCUCCAAAAGAACAUGAAGCUUUUUGUUUGUCUGUUUGGUUGCUAUUGGAGUACACAGAUUACUAGGCUUGACCAGGGAAUUAUGAGACCUCUUAACUCACUUCUUGGAUUGAUAAGAUAUUUUACCUUCAGUAGGACUGGGACAGGUUAUCUGUUAGCUUCAAUCCUCUGUGUCUGAGAGAGAGAGAGAGAGAGAGAGAGAGAGAGAGAGAGAGAGAAAAUCUGCCAUUAUUUUCAAUUUUGACUCGUGAAUAGAGAAAGACGCCAUAGGAAGGACACAAAAUCUAUUGAAAUGGAUUUCAGAUGCAGAAUUACUUGAGCUGCAGGAUGAGCGUCGAGUGAAUUUAUUUCUUUGAUGACUUUUGAAGAGACAUGGCGACAUGGGUUUGAUUCUUCAUAUUUGCUGAAUUAGGCACCGAUGUCUCCUCCACAGGAAAAUGACAUGUUUGGCUUUUGGACCUAUCACCCCAAAGCCACAUUGAUUUCUUCCUCCAAGUGUCAUGUUCUGACUUUAAUUCAGAUUAAACAUCAUCAAAAUCAAUCUGACGAGUGUGUUCUUCUUCCACGUUGGUGCCAUCAUUUUUGCUGUUCUCCUUCCCCUUAACCCGGGUGUGCCAAACCCAACCCUACAUAACUCUACACUGUCUCUCAUUUAAUGACUGCUUGACCUCCUGCUCUCUCUUUCUCUCUCUUCCAAUUUCUGUUCAUGCUUGGAGAGAUCCAGGUAGAAAGCUUUGCAUCUGGUGAUGGACGCAGGAGAGAAGGAGGUCAAACGUGAGGACAAUAAUGAGCUCAUGAACAAGGGGAGCAGGCAUCAGAAGCCAAUGAACAGGAUCAGCAGCUUAGACUCCUUCAAAGUGGAAGGAAAUGACAAGUCCGAGAAGAGAGUACGCCACUCGCUCCUCCUCGAGGGAACGGAGGAGAUGGAGUGGGACGAUGAGCUGUGCUCCAAUGGCUCCUCGUCUCUCGGGCAGAAGAAGCGGCGGCUGAGUGUCGACCAGGUGAAGGCUCUGGAGAAGGACUUCGAGGUGAUGAACAAGCUGGACCCGGAGAGGAAGGUGAGGCUGGCUCACGAGCUGGGCCUCCGGCCCCGGCAAAUCGCCGUCUGGUUCCAGAACCGCCGCGCCCGGUGGAAGACCAAGCAGCUGGAGCGCGACUACGGCGCGCUCAAGGCCCGUCACGACGCGCUCAAGCUCGACGUCGACGCGCUCCGCGGCGACAAGGAGGCGCUCAUGGACGAGAUGAGAGCGCUGAAGGCCAAGCUAGCAGAUCCCGCCACACCAAAGGUCGAGGAGGACGGCCGAGCUCUUGGCUUCCGGGAUGGCACCUCCGACACGGAUUCAAGUGCGGCGCUCAACGAGGAAGCCAGUCCCUACUCUGGAGCGUUGCUGGACCAGCACCACUGUGUUCUGGAAACCAAGUCCCAUUGCUCCUCCAUCUUCAUGGAAGAAGAUGGUUUCUUAAGGGGAGAGGAGCUGUGUGGUGCUCUGUUCUCGGAGGAGCAGGCACCCACCCUCCCUUGGUGCUGCACCGAGGGAUGGGAAUGAGCUAACAGAAGAAGAGGCGGCCACUGUAAAUGGAGUCCUUGGUGGGAACUGUGCGUAAAGGGUAGUGUCAGAAGAUAGUGAAAAGAAGAGACUCAAAAGUCUCUUUUCUGUAAGCCAAUGUUUAAUAUAUGUCGAAUAAAGAAGGCCAGGCAAGUAGAGAACUCUUGACAAACUUGGUAGAGAGCUGAGCAUGGUAACCUUCUGUGUCUUGUGAUUGCUAUUGAUAUCUCAGGUGAGAAACUACUAUUGAGCUUUA